CACUGGCCGAAGCAAGAUGAAUUCCGAGGCAGUCCUCUUCACUACGCCGUCAUAUCAAAGUGUGAAGCAUCGCUUCUCCUACUUCUUUCACAUGGCGCUGAUCCGAACUCAAUGGAUGAGCGCCCAAGAUCACCGUUAAUAAUAGCGGCGCAAUACAACCUGACACCUAUUGCUCAACUUCUGGUGGAGUCCAGUGCAGGCUUAGCCAGCUCGGAUUGCGUACAGACGACAGCUCUUAUGUGCGCAGCAGCAGAGGGAAAUAUGGGGAUGAUUCGAAUUCUGGACCAAAGCAACUUGGUGUUAUCGAAGACAGAUCAUAGUGGAUACACAGCUCUUCAUCACGCUGUGAAUGGUCAGGAUACC